AUGUUGGCUUCAAUGGACCCGGGAAGCGAUACCCCUGCAGCAGCCACUCUGGAUGAGGUCGGCGAUGUGCGUUUGGAGUUUGGAGAUGAUCCUGAGAGCAUUAUGCUGGCCAGCUCUCAUCUGCUCCGCUUGGUUUCUCCUGUGUUCAACCACAUGCUUCAGAGUGGCAUGAAGGAAGCGCAGCAAAGCGUCAUCAAGGUGGAUGUGGCCAGCAAGGUUGAGUUCGAAGUCUUCUACGACUUACUGUUGCCAAUGGCAUGGAGCACUGAAGUAACGGAGCAAAAUGUCGAUUCGCUUCUUGCAAUCAGUGACUACUACCAGGUAGAGAGCAUCAAACAGAAAUGCGAAAGUCGGCUCCUUCGUCUUCCGCCCACCGGUUUCCGUGUUAUGCAAGCGCACAAGUAUGGCCUGAAGCAGCAAUACCUGCGGUGCGUUGGUGCCUUGGCCGAGAGCAGCACAAAGGAGGACUUGGAACUUCUCCGACAAUCGGAGCCGGACAUCCUCCUGGAGGUGGCCUUAAGAAAGCAAGAUGUCUUGAAGCCACUCUUGCCGGUCAAGAGGAUGAGGAAGGAGAUUGCCAAGUGCAAGACCGCUCUAGAUAAGGAUAAAGACUCUGAUGACGAUGAUUCUGACACUGCCGCAGACAGCACCGAGACGCCCACAGCAGCCACGCUUGAGCAGGUCGGCGACGUGCGUCUGGAGUUUGGAGACGACGCUGGGAGUUUUAUGCUGGCCAGCUCUCAUCUGCUCCGACUGGCCUCUCCUGUUUUCAACCGCAUGCUUCAGAGUGGCAUGAGGGAAGCCCAGCAAAGCGUGAUCAAGGUGGAUGUGGCCAGCAAGGAGGAGUUUAUCACGUUCUACAGCUUACUUGGACUGUGGGCAUGGAGUGCCGACAAAGUGACCGAGGAAAACGUGGACUCGCUUCUUGCAAUCAGUGACUACUACCAGGUGGAUAUCAUCAAGCAAGCCUGCGAAGACUUGCUGCUUACUCUUCCACACACUGGUGCUCGCCUGCUGCAAGCCAAGAAGCACCGUCUCGAAAGACAGUACCUCAGGUGCGCUGAUGCUGUGGCCAAGUUCAGUACAAAGGAGGACUUGGAGGUGCUUCGCCAAUCCGAUCCGGCUGUCCUCCUGGAGGUGGCCCUCAAGAUGCAAACGAUGUUGGACGGCUUUAUGAACGUGAAGGACACUGUGGCAGAGAGUCGCGCCAAGCUGUGGGACAUUAUGCUGCAGUCUGAAGCACUUAAGCAACUCAUGGCCACAGAUGAGCGAGUAAUAGAUGCCCUGCACCAUGCGACCGGGUCGAUAUUGAGAUUGCAUUACCUCAUGAAAAGCUGUUCCAUCGAUUGA